CGAGACAACUCCAAAGUUUGACGGGCAGGAGAUCUUCUGCGACUCCAUCAAGACAGAUCCAAUUCCAUGGUUCCGCAGGUUCGAGCUCACGCUGCAGCUACACAACGUCAAAGAACACAAACACCACUAUACUCCCGCUCAGGGGGCGCGUGCCAGGCUUGGUUGGACAACCUCUUGUCCAAGUACGGAGUGGUAGCUGCCGACUUGCACACCAAGAUCAGUUGGGAUGAGCUGAAGGCGGCGUGGCACAAGCGGUUUCAGGUUGAGCCGCCGGAGAUCAAAGCUAUGGACAAGCUCAUGCUCUUCGAACAAGGCACGCUGCCGAGUACCGAUUGGAUCGCCGAGUACAAACGCUUGCAAGGCCGCGCAGAUCAUCAUUACGAACAAGGAGCCGAAGAAUCUGCGUUCGUCUGCGGCAGGCCCGAGCAGCGACCAGCAUCGGCCAAGAGUGGCCGUGACACCGGUCUGCCCAUUGAAAGGCAAGGGCAAACAGGGAAACUGAGCACCGCCGAGAGUGACUCGACAACACUCUCGACGCCUCCGGAACCAGUUUCUUUGCAAGUAACCGGCCUUCAUUCCGAGUCGCACGCGGAAGUCAAUAGUCCUCCUCUUCUACUUUCUUUUGAGGACUAUGCUGCCCGGCUCGUUCCUACGCUGGGUACUCAAGCUCAAGGACAAGAAGUGUGUGCGGUUUCUGCUCCGUCCGGCAGCGGCGACAAAUCGUCUUCAAGUGGUGCUUCACAGGGUUCAGCGCGCGAGUUCAACAUAGAGGUAUUGGACCCGCUCACGUCCGAGGACUUUGCAUGGCUUCCUCUCCCGACCACAGGCCGCUUGCCGGGACCGCAAUGCGCAGCACUAUGCGCUCAUCUCCACACUUACUUAUCCUUCUAUGCACCACCAACUUCGCCGACGGGAGACGAAGUCGCGGUGGGGGACAUCCUUGCGUAUACUACCAAGGUGGCCCGCGAGUUUCGCACGCAGCGGUACGAUGACAACAACGCACCGCUCAUGUAUGUCCGCAUCCAGGUUGGGCAAGCGUCCUGCAGCGCUUUGCUGGAUAGCGGCGCGUCUCGCAAUUUCAUGAGCCAAUCCUUUAUGCAAAGGGCUGGCCUUGCUGCACAAGUUCGGAGGAAGGCAAACCCGACGGCGAUCAAGUUGGCGGAUGGGAAAACGCAGCGACUUCUCGACCGUUACAUCGAGGCCGUACCGGUCUACUUUGCACCUCAUGCAUGCGAACCGGUGACAUUCGAUAUUCUUGACACGGACUUCGACAUCAUUCUGGGAAUGCCUUCGCUUGCAAGUGCGGAUGACACUGUCAACUUCCACAGGCGGACUCUUAGCGUUCGCAACACCUUCGGCGCGGAAGUGGCGGCGACUUGCGCUUACGAGCAGCCCGAUGAGAUCGGCCUAUGUUUCCUACAGACCGUCGCGGUAGCCGACGCUUCACCCACGGACUUGUCUUCGGACCCCCGGGAGGUGCGGUUGCUGGACGAGUUCGCAGACAUCUUCGAGUCACCUACCGGUGUGGUGCCAGAUCGGCCGAUCUCUCACGAGAUCAUUCUUGAGGCCGGUGCCGUGCCGCCGAAAGGUUGCAUUUAUCGCAUGAGCGAGGAGGAGCUUGAGGUCCUCCGCGCACAACUCGACGAUUUGUUGGCUAAGGGCUGGAUCCGCCCUAGCAGCUCCCCAUAUGGAGCACCGGUUCUCUUCGUCCGGAAGAAGAACAAGUAUAUACGAUUGUGUAUCGACUACCGCAAGCUCAACGCGCAAACCUUCAAGAAUGCGGGGCCUCUUCCUCGCAUCGACGAUCUUCUUGAGCGACUGGGGGGCGCAAAGUAUUUUUCUAAGUUGGAUUUGAAAUCGGGAUAUCAUCAAAUCUCGAUCCGGCCGAACGAUCGCUACAAGUCUGCGUUCAAGACGUGGUACGGGCAUUUUGAGUGGGUGGUCAUGCCUUUUGGCCUCACCAACGCCCCGGCAACCUUUGAAGCGGCAAUGACCAACGAGUUUCGUGCAAUGUUGGACCGGCUCGUGCUGGUCUACUUAGAUGAUAUUCUCGUCUAUAGCCGGACAUUGGAGGAUCAUCUUGGGCAUCUUCGACAAGUGUUGGAGACGCUCCGCUGCGCCAAGUACAAGGCCAACCGCGACAAGUGCGAAUUUGUCCGGCAAGAGCUGGAAUACUUGGGCCAUUUUGUCACACCGGAGGGGAUCAGUCUGCUAUCGGACAAGAUUCAAGCCAUCCAAGAGUGGCCGGAGCCUCGGAACGUCACAGAUGUUCGUUCGUUCCUUGGCCUCGCCGGCUACUACCAGCGUUUUAUCAAAGGCUACUCGAAGAUCGCAGCCCACUUGACCAAGCUUCAAUGCGAGGAUUGGCCGUUUGACUUCGGAGAGGAGGCGCGGGAAUCAUUUUUGGCUCUCAAAGCCGCACUAUUAUCUGCGGAGGUCUUGCGGAUAUACGACCCGCUUUUGCCUACGUGCGUCACUACGGAUGCAUUAGGCUAUGGCAUUGGUGCAGUCCUUGAGCAACAUGAUCGUGUGGACUGGCACCCGGUCGAGUAUUUCAGCAAGAAAGUGCCCGUCGUGCAUUCCAUUGACGAUGCACGCAAGAAGGAUCUCCUCGCCUUCGUCCACGCGCUCAAGCGGUGGCGGCACUUCCUCCUUGGUCGAAGCCAAUUUCGAUGGGUAACGGACAACAAUCCGUUGGUCUUCGACAAGACCCAGGACAACGUCAACAGCACCAUCGCUCGAUGGAUGACUUUCAUCGACCAGUUCGACUUCUUUCCGGAUCACAUUCCCGGGAAAUCGAACCGUUUUGCGGAUGCUCUUUCACGGCGUCCGGAUCAUUGUACCGCGGUCUACUCAACCUUCGAGAUCGACGAUGACCUGCGGAACAGCUUCAUCCGCGGCUACCAAGCCGACCCUGAGUUUUGCGACAAGUACGCGAAUUGCUCCUCUCCUAAUCCGGCGCCUUCUCACUAUCGGAUCCAAGAGGGGUACUUGCUUGUCCACACGCGGGGGAAGGAGCUUCUUUGCGUACCAAGUGAUACUCACUUGCGUACACGGCUUCUUGGCGAGUUCCACGACGCUCCCGCCACCGGACAUUUUGGCGUCAAUCGCACGAUUGGCCGACUCCGCGAGCGAUUUUGGUGGCCCGACCUUCUCGGCGACGUCACACUCUAUUACGAGUCAUGCGAGAUUUGCCGACGCUGCAAAUCCCGCAAUCAUCGUCCGUACGGCGAGUUACGACCACUACCAGUCCCGUUGAGGCGAAGGGAAGCGAUUGCCAUGGACAGUACCGGCCCGUUCCCCAAGCACAAGACCGGAGUGGAUGGGAUUCUCACGGUGGUCGACCAACUCACCAAGUUCGCCAUGUUUUUGCCUUGUCGCUAAGGGGAGC